AUGGACCAAUAUAAGCACAAGAAUUAUAUGCCCUCAUUCCCACCAGAAUUUAACGAUGACGAUCUUUUAACAAAAUUCAAACGAGAUGGAUCGAUGCCAUCAAAAUCACCCAACGGUUUCAUUAUAUAUCGCAAGUGGGUCGCCAUGGAUAUCAAAAACAGAAAUCUUCCGAUAAAAGCUGUUCAGUUCGAUACGGCCAAAAUGUCUCGGUAUACUGAUCUGAAUUUGCCGCAAAUUUCACCUCAAAUUUUGGUUGACACAGAAUCUGAACCUUUUCAGAGUUCGAAUAAUUAUAAUCAGCAGUUUGUUCUAAAUACUGUUUCUGAUUCUAAUAAACUUGAUAAUCUUCUACAAAAGGUCAUGACUGCAAAAAAAACAGAUAUUUUAGAAAAGCGUGUAACAGAAUUAGAAGGCAAAAUG